AUGGCGGCGCCCAGUGCUGCGGGCCAGGCUCCCAAUGUGUUCCCCUUCCGUGACGCCCGUGCUGUGCCGGACCCGGUGCUGGAGGCCGGCCCGGCGGCACACGGGCCAUUUCCGGUACCACUCAUACUGGACAACGGGUCGUUCCAGGCCCGUGCCGGCUGGGCGUGCCCCGGACCGGACCCCGGGCCCGAACCGCGCCUGCAGUUCCGCGCUCUGUGCGCCCGCGGGCGUGGAGGGGCCCGGGGCGGGACAGGCCCGCUGGUGGGCAACGCGCUGGGCAGCUUGGAGCCGCUGCGCUGGAUGCUGCGCUCUCCCUUCGACCGCAACGUGCCGGUCAACCUGGAGCUGCAGGAGCUGCUGCUUGAUUACAGCUUCCAGCACCUCGGGGUCUCCUCACAGGGCUGUGUCGAUCAUCCCAUAGUUUUGACCGAAGCUGUGUGCAACCCAUUGUAUUCAAGACAAAUGAUGUCUGAGCUUCUGUUUGAGUGCUAUGGGAUUCCUAAGGUCGCCUAUGGAAUUGACAGCCUCUUCAGUUUCUACCACAAUAAGCCAAAGAACCUGAUUUCAAGUGGACUCAUCAUCUCAUCAGGAUACCAGUGUACACAUAUUCUACCUGUCUUAGAGGGGAGGUUAGAUGCUAAAAACUGCAAACGCAUCAAUCUUGGAGGGAACCAGGCAGCUGGCUACCUGCAGCGCCUCCUGCAGCUCAAGUACCCUGGCCACUUGGCUGCCAUCACUCUCAGCCGCAUGGAGGAGAUCCUGCAUGAGCACAGCUACAUCGCUGAGGAUUACAUUGAAGAAUUGCAGAAAUGGCGGUGUCCUGAUUAUUAUGAAAACAAUGUUCAUAAGAUGCAGCUUCCAUUCUCCAACAAGCUCCUGGGUAGCACACUGACCUCAGAGGAGAGGCAGGAGCGGCGGCAGCAGCAGCUUCGACGACUGCAGGAGCUCAACGCCCGCCGGCGGGAAGAGAAGCUGCAGCUGGACCAGGAGCGACUGGACCGGCUGCUCUAUGUUCAGGAGCUUCUCGAUGACGGCCAGAUGGAUCAGUUUCACAAGGCUCUGAUGGAGCUGAACAUGGACUCCCCAGAGGAGCUGCAGUCCUACAUCCAGAAGCUCAACUUGGCAGUAGAGCAAGCCAAGCAGAAAAUUAUUCAAGCCGAAGUAGCCCUGGAAGUGGAUGUGGUAGACAGCAAGCCAGAGACCCCUGAGCUGGAACAUUUGGAGCCGACCUUGGAAGAUGUGGAAAACAUCAAUGACUUUGAGCCCUUGUUUUCUGAGGACACGCUGGAAGUGGAAAAGCCAGUCACUGCUGUCCAGCCCGUGUUUAACUUGGCAGUGUAUCAUCAGCUGUUUGUGGGGACAGAGAGGAUACGCGCCCCAGAAAUUCUUUUCCAGCCUUCACUGAUAGGAGAGGAUCAGGCUGGUGUCGCCGAGACCCUGCAAUACAUUCUGGACAGGUACCCGAAGGAUAUUCAGGAGUUGCUGGUUCAAAACGUAUUUCUCACAGGGGGGAACAUGAUGUACCCCGGGAUGAAAGUUCGAAUCGAAAAGGAGCUUUUAGAGAUGAGACCCUUUCAGUCUUCUUUUCAGGUACAGUUGGCCUCUAACCCCGUGCUGGACGCCUGGUACGGGGCUCGGGACUGGGCCCUGGACCACCUGGAGGACAACAGCGUGUGGGUCACCAGAAAGGAAUAUGAGGAGAAAGGCGGUGAGUACUUGAAGGAACAUUGUGCCUCCAACAGCUACGUCCCCAUCCGCCUACCCAAGCAGGCGUCCCGCUCCUCCGAGAUACAGACUGCUGGCAAAGGCUCAGGGCCCAGUAAAGGUGGUGCUGGUGAGAGCUAAUGGGGGCCCCAGGACUAGAGGUCAGAACAGUGACUCUGGUAGAGUUGCCCUCCUCAAGGCUGCUGGACGUCAAGAUGAAUUUCUCUUGAUGAGGUUCGCUGGGAGUCACCCUUUGGAAAGGGAUUUAUUUGGGGGCACAUGCAGUGAAGAACCUCGGCUUGGCCUUCUAGGGGCUUUGUUGGAACUGCUGAAGAACUGUGGCCUCUAUUUCCUACAGGGUGGGCAGCAGAUAAGACUGUCACUCAAGGCUUAUUUCUUGUACAGAUUGUAAUUUUUUUUAAAGACCUUUAUAAUUUC